AUGAUCGGUGGUGUUUUUAUUUAUAAUCAUAAAGGCGAAGUACUUAUAUCACGUGUUUAUCGUGAUGAUAUCGGACGAAAUGCUGUUGAUGCAUUUCGUGUUAAUGUAAUCCACGCUCGUCAACAAUCACGUUUUCCAGUUGUUAAUAUAGCUCGAACAAGUUUUUUCUAUACAAAACGUUCUAAUAUAUGGUUAUGUGCUGUAGCUAAACAAAAUAUAAAUGCUGCAAUGGUAUUUGAAUUUUUAACUAAAAUGAUUGAUAUAAUGCAAUCAUAUUUUGGUAAAAUAAGUGAAGAAAAUGUUAAAAAUAAUUUUGUUUUAAUCUAUGAAUUAUUGGAUGAAAUACUUGAUUUUGGUUAUCCACAAAAUAGUGAUACAGGUGUACUAAAAUCUUUUAUAACACAACAGGGUGUUCGACCAGUAACACGUGAAGAACAAACAGUUAUUACAUCAGCUGUUACCGGACAAAUUGGUUGGAGACGUGAAGGUAUUAAAUAUCGUCGAAAUGAAUUAUUUCUUGAUGUU